AUGGAUCCAGCCAAAUUGGUGCAGGAAGUCAAAAAUCUGCGUGUCGCAGUGCGAAGUAAGGAGGAACGCAUAGCCACUCUCGAAAAGCAUUGCGAAUUUUUGACCGAAGAAGCCUCCAAAGCAGACCGUGCGACACAGAGGUGUAAUUUUUAUGAGGAAAAACGAACCGCUUGAGCUUAUUUUCAGCAACACUUUCACAUCGUCUCGUAAGUUGUACCCUUAUUGCAUCGCGCUCUCAGAACGCCAGUGAAUAAGAAGAGACAGCUGCCUUCGCAGCUCCCACGAUGAUCUAAUACCCAUUUCUGGAUCGCAAUCGAGAGUGUCAGAACUUGGUGGAGCAGGGAAAUACCCAAGAGCUCGCGCUCAAGGACCUAGAGGCAGAACUGGAAGAGGGAAGAGCCGACUUUCAUGCAUCUGAAAGGGAAGAGAGAACGCAACAAGAUCGCUUGGUGACGCUGGCAGCGCAAAUAGAACAAGUACAUGCUGCUUUAUCCUUUUUCUUUUGGUUUUGUUGAUCGAUGAAGAUUCUUUAUUCGCUUUGUGAAGAUUUCUUGAACCUGAACUCUCUCAUUCUGUUUCUUGUUCAUAAUGAUCUUAUGUGUUGGUACUAGUAUAACGUCGAAGUAGACGAACUAAGAACACAGCUAAAUCUUGCAUCCAUUCUCAGGUCUCCAUCCAGAAGCAACAAGAUCGAGAAAGAAUGGUCGAGGAAAUUACCAUGGUAGGCGACGAGAUUCAUGAAGCCUCGCGAGCACUAGAUGAAGAACAAGCAUUGUUAUGUCUGGUCGUGUGGUCACAGUUUUUUUAUUUUUCGAUAGUUAGUCUUAGUAAAAAUUAUAGAAAUAGUAUCGAUCUCUACCUGUAGCUCCUGGUACCUGUCGCUCUAGCCGUAAUAUUUAAACAAUGCGAACAGCUGAAUGAGCACGCAAUGUUGUACCUGCAGCACUUGUCCAUCUCCAUCGUCCGACGUGAUCUACUUGCUCAUCGAUGACCUCCAACUAAGUACUUGCUCAUCAUGCUCAUGUUGCAACUACAUCUAGAAAUCUAGAACUAGAUCUUCUACUUCUACAUCUUCUGCUUCUUCUACAUCUCUCUUGUACUAACUAAUUUGUUCAGGGUCAUUAUAGUCUAACCCCAGCACGCAAGAACUCAGCUGUCAACGAGAUUGCGGAAGCGGCAGAUGCACUGCAAGCCGCUGUGGAUCAAGCGCGGGCUAAGUGGAGCAGCAUGAACGAGAAACUCGAUUUUGCCCUAAGAAAGUACGAAGAUGAAAUCGAAUCACAUAUGAGGAUAGACUGA